UAUCAGCUAAAACCUAACUUAAUCAUCAAGGAGGUAAUACAUCACAAAAAUAGAUCUACACCCGGCUUGACAAUGACAAGCUGUGUCAGAGGUCAAAGGUCACAGGUCAUGUCAUGACAAACUACUACUGCCACUAAGUAAACAUAAAGUCACGCUCGACGUAUCUCGUUUCUUCCUCGUGUGUAGGUCUCGUUGUCAGCGAGACUAUCGUGUUAAGGAAGGAGUCCCAAAAUACAACUUGAUCAUCUGCAGUAUUAUCCGGGAUUCGUCGACCUAACAUGCCCACAGCAUGAUACGCGAUAAUGUCUGCAGCGAACAUCCUAGCGAGUCUCAAGGAAGCACUCUUGGAGUGCCCGAUAUGUCUCGACCAUUACGACGAUAGUGUCCGUAUUCCACGUCGUCUGCCGUGCUGCUUACAGACGUUGUGUCAGCCGUGCCUGAAGACGUACAGCAGGGACAUUCCGAAAAUAACAUGCCCCAUGUGUCGCCAGGACUGUGACCUUCCCGGGGGGGUCACGUCCCUCCCGAAAGAGCAGCUUAUCCUGCGGUUCUUGGAGCAUCUGAAGACAUCACUGAGCAGCCCUGUCCCUUUCUGCUCGCGUUGCGAGGAACCCACCCCUGCCUCCGCCAAAUGUGACACGUGCGUCGCCUUUCUGUGUACUGGGUGUCUGUUUGCUCAUUUAGCGAAUCGGGGGACCAAACGACACGUCACUGUCACGUUUGAGCAGGCGAGAUCGGACCAGAUAGUCAGAAGAAGCACCAUUCGUCAAGGUCGCUCGGAACAAAGCCAAAAUGGCGGACAUAUUGUUUCCAGGAAGAUUUCUGAACUGGGGAAAAGGAUGGAGGAAUUAUCCAGUAUUAGGGACAAGAUUGUCCACUCCAAGACGGCGGUCGUGGACGACAUUAACCAUGUGUUUGAUGACCUUGUAGAAAAACUGCAACAACGGAGGGGGAAGCUUCUGUCACAAGUGGAGUCAAAGGUCGAGAGGGAGGUCAAGGUCAUCUCAAGGGCAAUCGAAUCACACAAGGUCACACAGUUUAAAUUAAUCGAAGCUUCUAAGAGUCCACAGAAAUCAUUGAGGUCAAUUCUUGAGGAGAAGCCACAGGAUGUAAAGUUCGUCAGACGGGGCGUCAGUUUUGUGCCAGCCAAUAUUCAAAAUUUAGCCUCUACCAUUAUGACCGGCGCUGGACUGGUCAGGACAGUCACCUUUACUCCCAUGGAAAGACCGAGGGGGCUGGACGAGGAGAGUCACUGCAACUCCAUCAACCUGGAGCCUUCAGAGACCCAACAAGCCGCUGAGGUCAAGGUCCACGUGGUGUCAGCACGUGGUUCGCAGGAGGAAUGUCACACAGGUUCUCAGUGGGAUCAAGUAGUAGUUCUACAGAAGGACAAAGACGUGAAGCAUAUAAUAUGUCCAUAUAUGGAAUAUGACUUCAGCACGGCAAGUGACGACAUCAUUGCGACAUCCGGCUCUACUGUGUCGAACGCCAUACCCUCAAACCCAAUCUCAAACACUGGCUGUCGAAUCCGAGCACAGAGACAUGUUCUUCUGACCCCUAGUCUCGAUCUACAAGCAGUUCAUCGAAUAAUGUUUCAGAUGAAGGUUACAUUCAAACUAAAACAACCCAUACCCGACAGAAAGAAUAUAUUCCAGAUCAGCUUCGUGAGCAACCCUAUGGACGUCGCGUGGAGCCAAACAGCGGAACUGAACCUUGAACUCCGCACGUGCAACCAGCACAAGAAUCAUAGGAAUCGCGUGUGUCUCUUUGUGAUGUAUGAUGGGAAAGAUGUGUUCUGUUGUGCUAUUGGUCAUAAUCAAGCUGGCGUGUCGUGUGACCUUCACCUAGGGUUCUUGUUUGACAGGGCCACGAGGCAGAUAGACAUUCUGGGUGAGAGUUGUGGGCUGUUAGCCAGUGUGUCUAACGUGGUCUUUGAGCGAGCACUGUGGCCUAUAUUAUAUCUCGGCCGGCCGGAAUGGACAAGUAUCAAUUCGGAAAUUAUUUCUGGGAACAAAGUUCAAGUUUCACAAGCGUUAAGCGACACUCUGACUACUGCCUUGUUUCCCCAAGCGAGCAUGAUGUCGGCUGUUUAAUGCAGGUAUCUCAACGACUAAUCACGCUUGCAUCGUCAUUUAACACACUGCAGCUUUUUCAGGAUAUCUCGCAGAUAUGUUAAAAAGAGGUCUAAAAGAUAUUAUCGCAUAGGCUCAGAUCACCGUGAUUGACAGGUUUAUGACAAUCAAACAGACGAAUCUAUCACAUCUGCAUCCGGCAGACGUUAAGGGACACAACUCUACCCCGUGAAUUCAGUCGUGACCAACUCGUCCCAUUCCGGAACAAGCCGAAUGGAGAUGCGUGAAUAUUGGGUAGCAAGCUCCUCACAGCGAUAGCCCGUUCGCGGAGCUCUCUAUAUUACCGAGAGUGUAACGAAUGUGUCACGCGCUGGGAAGGAGCUUGAUUGGGUAGAAGCUAAGGGACACAACUCUACCUUGAGUAUUGGUUAGACUGGUAUCCUGCUCUUCAUCUCAGCUAGCGGCUGCAAACAGAGGCAGGGGACCAGUCUAGAUUAUAGAGCAGAAGCUAAGGACGCAACUUAAUGAUACUACAGGGUCGACGUGGCCAUGAUAAAUAUACCAGAGACGGAUAAAAACUUCAAGAUGGCUCGGUGAACAUGAUCCUGUUCCACAAAGCGAUCGUAAGUCGAUUUUACGUCUGAGCUACGACAGUCGUAGCUGCGAUCGCUUUCGAGGGCAGUAGGCAUAGUUUACAUAAGGUAUGUCUCGUGUAGACCUGUCGUCGUUACAAGAGAUCUGAACGGGUUUUUUGAGUGUUUCAGGAAAAGAUUUUCACAAUUGUAUAUAGCAUUCGUCUAAAAUAAUAAAACAUUUUAUAGAUUGC